AUGCAGUUCUCCGCUACUUUUAUUGCUACUAUACUGGCUCUUUCCACCGGAGUCUUGUCGCUUCCUCAAGCUAUCACCGGCAAGGCCACAGACUUUGGAACAUACUUCUGCAAGACACGCAGCGAUGUCGGCAAGGACAAUGGGAAGCUCGUCGCCAGCAACAACUUCUGCCAGGCUGCUGGUGGAGCUGUCCUGGCUUCUGCUGGUGUGAGUUUGCAAACUCUCUUCUGA